AUGGAAUCACAAACUCAAUGUCAUGAUAAUGUUAAAUCAUCACGGGACAAACAUGUUCAUUAUCCCAUUGAAUCAAUAAAUGAAUUCAAAACAUUUGAAAUGCCAACUUUUGUAGAACGAACGCAUCGUAAAUCAAAUGAUUCGGAACGAACAUUGUUCGUUUCUCAUUUUGACCUUCAAGACGCUUUUGAAAGUAGCAUUUACGACAAACCCGAAGCACAUACUUGUGACUGUGUCACGAAACUCGCAUUAAGUAGUAAAGAUCAAAUGUCCCAGGAUCAAAUUAUUCGAAAUGUGCCGCAGCAAGAACCGUCAACAUCACCACAGAAUGACCAACAUUCUGAUAAUGAAAUCGUUUUACUUUUCAUAAUAGUUUCGAUCGUUUCUUACGCCAUAGGAUACUUUGGUUUCGCUUUCUUUUGGAUUACGUUGAUACUAUAUCAGUCCACAAUAUGGUAUCUUAACACGGUUAAAGAUAAUAAAGAGCGAGUGCGUUGGGAAGUCACAAAAGAAAUGGCGAUGGAUAAGUUGAGACGAGAUAAUGGAGAAACUGUCGAAUGGCUGAAUUAUUUACUUCAACAAAUAUGGAGAACAUUUGACCCAUCCCUUUUGAUAGGACUUCGAGACACGUUUGAAGACGCGAUGUCUCGUAGCGCACCUUCUUUUGUCCGCGCAACGGAUAUUGAAGUUGAAAUCGGUCUUAUCGCCCCACGUAUUGAAAAUAUUAAAAUUCUACCACGACGCGAGAAUCAAGAUGACGACGAUGUAAUAGUUGGGGAGGCCACAUUUUCUUUUCGUGCACGUUCUUCAACCAUGAAUCGUAAUGAUGCCCCACCACAUAUUUUAGCAUGGAUCAAAACUGGAAUUUCAGCUAUAAUCCCUAUAAAGGUCGAACUAAUAGGCUUUAAAGCUUCGAUUCAUUUUGAGAUCAAAAUUACUGACGAGCAUUAUGCCCUUGAUACCUAUGAAUAUCGCACAGAUUCACAAGCUAUUGGAAUAAUGAAGGUCGAUAUAUUCGAGGCAAGAAAUCUAACAAAGGUUGAUGUGUCUGGCGAGAAUGAUCCAUAUGUAAUAUCAUCCUUAGACCCUUCACCUUACAUGCACACACAUUCUAAUACAAGAGUAGUUGAGAACUGCGCAAAUCCAGUGUGGCGAGAAACAUUCUUCCAUAAAAUACCAGAACUCGAUAUAGUAGAUGAACAUAUCAAAUUCAAGCUUUGCGUCAUGGACUGGGAUAGAUUCACAACUGAUGAUCACAUAGGGUCAACAUGGAUUGACAUUAAAGACGCAAUUGGAAAUGGAGAAAAAGAGACACUAAUUCAUGAUGGAUGGAAAAACCUUAAACUUCAACCAAAAGAUACAUCUUCGCAAGGUGAACUUUGUUUCCGUCUCGAAUAUUAUCCAAAAUUAUCGAAUCAAAUUGAAGCGCAACCUGAUCAAACAGCCGGAAUCUUUUGCUUGAAAAUCCAUCAGGCUAUGAAUUUGCAGAUAACGACUGCGCCUUAUAUUGAAGAUUCGGGAAUAACAAUGUCAGAUAAUUAUUAUAACACGUCCUAUCCAAAUCCAUACGCGGUUGUAUAUCUUAAUGACAGUCGAGUAUUUCGUACGAGAGCAAAAUUAAACAAUGUUGCUCCAUUUUGGAAUGCGUCAACGGAACAAUUCGUAAAGGAUUGGAAAACUGCAAUAGUAAGAGUUGUAAUUAAGGACCAAAAAGAUCUCGAGUAUGAUCCAGUCAUUGGAAUGGUCACAUUACCUUUGAAAGAAUUAUUUGAACAAAAAGAAAAGGUAAACGUAGUAUCAACCAAAUGGUAUGCAUUGCGACAUGGCGUUGGUUGUGGAAAAGUACGUCUAAGUUUCCUCUUCAAAACCAUAAGUAUGCGAUUACCCACUGAAGAUAGAGGAUAUGACGUUGGAACACUGCUUAUUAAUUCUAUCACCGCCGAAGGGUUAGAUGAUUAUUAUGCAAAUCGAAGUGUUUACUUGACAUUAACUUUAACCAAUACAGAAAUUGAACAAGAUACUGAGGUGACCAAUAAAUUUCCACCCACAUGGCUCGAACCGCGAUCAAUAAAUGACACGAAGAAUCGUAUGGAAUUUGCAGUAUUUCGUCGAUACAGGACUUCACUUAAAAUUACACUAAAAUGUAAAGGAAUAUUUGGAAUUUACCAUACAUUGGGCACAGUGGAAUAUUGGUUAAGAAACAUUAAAGAUUGUCGUGAGACAGAAGUAGAAUUACCUAUAUUUGAGAAUUUACCCAAAUAUUUUCCUAAUUUAGAUAUAACUGAAUCUAAUCAAAAUUUUAAUGAUUAUUCCAUACCUAUAUGUGAAUCGCCUACUUCAUUAAUCAUUAAGGAUUUUGAUGCUUCAUCAAGUUUAUGUAACCUUUCUCUCGUUGAGAAGGAGGUUAAUUUGGAAAAAGAUUUACCAAUAACGUCAAAGGAACUACUAUCAACUGUUUGUUCAACAGACGCGAUUCCAUCCGAAGAAUUUGGUGAAUCAUCACAAAAGACUCAUAACGACAUGCAAAAGUAUGCUCAUGACUUGGAUGUUACUAAAUCAAACGUUGGCAAGUUGUCAAUUAUCACUCAAUUUAACGGAAGCAAUGACAAUAUGCUACCGAAUAAUAAAGCCGAUUCUGAUGUUUCAACGUCGAAACAUAGCAAAGAUAAGCAAUCCGUUGAAUCGUCGCUCAAAACAACAGAGGAAACUAAGAUCUUUUCAAAAAAGUCGGUUGAUAAUACACCAGAGGAGUCAAUGUCAUCGGAAGUACCUCCUACAAUUCCACAAGAAUCAUCUACCACAACAGAAAAUCUUACAAAUAAUUUAGAUCCUUCUUAUAAAAGGAAAGGAUAUUUGAGGUUUAAAGUAUAUUUCAGACCAGGAUUAUCAUUAGCGCAUGAAAAAGAGGUUAAACGUAGUUUAACAGGAGCCAAUGCAAGUAUCCUGUACCAAAAUCCUUUCUGUACGAUGGAGGAUAUUGAAGAACAACAAAAACGAGAGCGUGAACAAAGAAGGCAAGCUACCAAUAUGUAUAAAGAAAGAUCCAUACCAAGUGGUGAAACUUAUGAAUCUGAAACGGGAAUGGAAAGAAGAAUUAAUAGAGUACAUAGACGUAGAACCAUGAGACAAUUACAGUGGGUAACAGAUUUAUUAAAAGCCAAGGUUGUUUCCAUAAGCGGAAAACGUGAAUGGGAAGAUCAAGAAAUUAUUGAACAUGAAGUAUAA